AAAAUGACUGCCUGUUUAAAAUGUCAGAUGAAAUCAAAUCCUUUCAGAGCAUCGACAAAUUGAAAGUUGUAAGCGGAAUCGGCCCUGAAAAAACUUCCAGUCACAAAACAUUGUCCAAAAUAUCAGUGCACAAAUCACCGAAGCAUGUUCAGUCGGUUGCGUCGAUCGUAUGCAGAAUAUGUCAUACGAACACGGUUAAUGAAGCCCUUAUAUCACCCUGCAACUGCAAAGGAUCGCUGGCAUACGUCCAUUUAUCCUGUUUAGAGAGAUGGCUGAAUCAAUCUAGCAGAAGUUAUUGUGAAUUGUGCAUGUUCCGCUAUAGUUCGGUCCAGACCAAGAGGUACGGCUUGUGCAGAGGUAUUCGCUUGUGGAUGGGGCAUCCCAGGAAUAGGGGUCACGUGCGUUCCGACGCCAUAAUAGCUGUUUUAUUGACUCUGGUGACGUCAGGACUGCUCACGUGCAGCUUCCUCGGGAUGGAAUAUUUCGUUUCAGAAGGUGGGAAAUUGGGCAUCCAGAGGAAGUGGAUCAGAACGUCCGUUUCCAUGUUCAUUCUCGCUGUGGUUAUGGGAUAUGUUGUGACUAUAUAUCUGAUAAUCAGAGAUCAGGUGAUUCCUUGGCACAGAUGGUGGAUCAGCACUGUCGACAUACGUUUGGUACUGCCUUCGAGUGUGAAUUGCAAAUUCUUCAAGGGAAAUGAUAGUGUCAGUAGUCAAAUGUGAUACCUAUAAUUAAAUGCUUCUUCUCGUCGUGAAAUAUCGUUUUUGAUAAGAUGUUCGACUUUAUAUGUGUAUAUACCUAGGUAGAAAUGAGCCAAUAGAAAUGGGACAUUAUAUUUUUCAUAUAUUCCG